UUUUGACAGGCUACUUGGCAUCUAAACUCUAGUUUGAUUUUUUUGAGACUUGCUUUAAGAUAUAUUAGGGCCGGGCUUUGUGAACACCACCGCUGCCUGGAGCCUUGUAGUAUCAGCCAUGGUCAACCCCACCAUGUUCUUCGACGUUGCCGUCGAUGGCGAGCCCUUGGGCUGCAUCUUCUUUAAGCUGUUUGCAGGCAAGGUUCCAAAGAAAGCAGAAAACUUUUGUGCUCUGAGCACUGGAGAGAAAGGAUUUGGUUAUACGGCUUCCUGCUUUCACAGAAUUAUUCCAGGGUUUAUGUGUCAGGGUGGUGACUUCACGCGCCAUAAUGGCACUGGUGGCAAGUCCAUCUAUGGGGAGAAAUUUGAUGAUGAGAACUUCAUCCUAAAGCAUGCAGGUCCCGGCAUCUUGUCCAUGGCAAAUGCUGGACCCAACACAAACGGUUCCCAGUUUUUCUUCUGUACUGUCAACACUGAGUGGUUGGAUGGCAAGCAUGUGGUCUUUGGCAAGGUGAAAGAAGGCUUGAAAAUUGCAGAGGCCUUGGAGCGCUUUGGGUCCAGGAAUGGCAAGACCAGCAGGAAGAUCACCAUUGCCGACUGUGGACAACUUUAGUAUGUUUGACUUGUGUUUUAUCUUAACCACCAGACCAUUCCUUCUGUAGCUCAGGAGAGCACCCCUCCACCCCAUUUGCUCACAGUAUCCUAAAUUCUGUGCGCUUGCUGCAGUUCCCUUUGGGUUCCAUGUCUUCCUUGUUCCCUUCCAUGCCUAGCUGGAUUGCAGAGUUGAGUUGAGUUUAUGAUUAUCAAAUAAAGACUAAAUAACAACAACAACAACAACAACAACAGAAGAUAUA